AUGGUGCCCGUCAACCCGCUGUCGCUAAUCACUGCAAUUCUAGGAGUCCCCGGCGAGAUCGCGGGUGCCAGAAACUGUAUUGAUCUCUUGUUGAAAGAUAAGCAGAACGCCCAAACCUACCCAACAAUCCUCGCUGUCAUCGACAGUGACCUAGAGAUCGCCGACGACAACUUCCGGGCGUGGCGUUGCGACUGGCACUUCGAAGAGACUGGGGAGAAUAUUCCAAACAAGUUGGCUCAGCGAUACUGGGGAAGCGGCUGCCAUGUUAUCGAGAUCCGCGUCCAGCAAAUUGCCCUUCAACUCCAAACCCUGAAAGUGGUGUUGGAGGGAUACCGUCCGAGCGACUCCAAGACACGCAAUGCGAUCAAGACAGGCCCUCUACAGGAUGUCAGGCGCCUCUUAGACCAAGCGGUCAAGAGCUUUGAGAGUCUCGAGACGGAAUCGUGGAAGUUGCUCUGCCAAAACUACAAAGCCAUGGACGGCGAGAAAGAGCAGACUCGGCGGGCUGCCCAACAUGAAUCAUAUCUUCUCGCCCUGGCCGAACAGCGGCGACGGUAUGAAGCCUUGUUGGGUGACCUUGGCAGACGGUACCGGAACCCCGAAAAUGGGCUUCCAUAUAAACAAGACCUAGCACUUGACCUGACCCCCGGAUUUGCGAUGGAUCAACGUCCAUCAAGACUGGGGGAAUUGUCAAGAGGGAAAAGGAUAGUCCAUUUCGUCCAUUUUCGACCUUUGUCGACUCAAGCCAGACAGAUGACCAACGUGGCACCUGAACCCACACGCGAGGCGACUAGGGAAUAUCUCAGGGUUCCAGGCUCUUGGCCGCUCGAUCCUGAUGUUCAGGACGUUCAGGACGUUCAGGACGAUGCAAAUAUAGCCGAGACCCUCCCGAAUCGCACUGCAGGGAAUCAAUUAGCACUGUCGAUUCGCCCACUGUUCCUUGAAGUCGAGAUCGUCACGAAUUCUGACCGCUACCCGAAUGCGAACAGCUCUCUCCAAAUCGUACUGGAACAGUUGUGCUUCGGAAGGGGCCGACGGAAGUCUUCCCGAUUGUUCCGCAUCAUAGGCCAGUCUGGGACACCUAACGUUCUCCGUUUCAGUCUAUAUCCAGGCGGCGAGAGUGCCGCAGAAUCCACAACGACGGACAUAGCGCCGUGGGAAAACUGCAUGCUAUCGUACGCCAAGGUCGAGCUAGCGUUCAAGGCCGCCGAGAUGAUGCUACUUUUCGGUCCAUAUGGUCUUAUGGACGGCCUUUGCAUUUGCAAGGUCCGCGAGAUCCACCUCCUGAACAGACGCAAAGUCUUUGUUUUUGAAGUGGCCCCUGGAUCUUGUAGCAGAUCCUGCCAACGGCUCUCUCAGCUCGGGUUCGUGAGCUUGGGGGUGUUUCUAGCUGAGCUGUUCCUGGGGAACAACGGGAGAGCUUUGACUGCUCUUACAACAUGUCAUCCCGCGCAAAUUCAGAACAAGCUCAAUCAGCUCAAAGUCGAGCUCGAAAAAAUCGAAUGGAUGGAGCCAGGCUCGGUUGAGGCUGUGAUAGAAGCAAUGAGACCUAAUUCACGAGGAUUGGACGACAAAACCUACUACUCGUUAAUCAUUAGCAGCCUGUUCCGCCUCUUUGAGAAGAAGGGACUAAAAUAUUGA